CAGGGCAAACAGCAGAGAAAGAACUGGGCGAGCGAGGGGGAUCGGGAGCUGGGGCGCCAGAGCUAGAGACAGCGGGCGGGCGAGGAGCUGGCCGAGGCGCGGGGCCAGCGGGCCGGCCGGGGCGACGGGCGGGUGAAGCCCGGGAGCCGCGGGGCUCGGUUGCGAGUCGGGCAGGGGGACGGGCUGAGCGCUGGGAGUGAGGCGAAGCGGCGGCUGCGGCGGGGGUGGAUGGCCACAAGGGCGCCGGGGAGCCGCGUCGGGCUUGUAGUCUCGGGCCCCCACGGUCCACUAACGCAGCCCCGGGGACCGCUGCGCGCCACAUUUCGCUCUCGCUGGCCCUGCGCCUCUCGGAGCUUCGGGUCUGAGCAUUUUGAAAACUGAGCUGUAGCCACAGAGUCCGCGGCGAGCCUGUUGAAAGAACCUACAAGUGUAUUUCGCAGCAUCUUGGGUGGAAAUUGGAUGUGAAAAUGAAGCCAGACCGAGAUACUCUAGAUGAAUAUUUUGAAUAUGAUGCAGAGGAGUUCUUGGUCUCUUUGGCCUUGUUAAUAACAGAGGGACGAACACCUGAAUGUUCUGUAAAAGGUCGCACAGAAAGUUUCCAUUGCCCUCCAGCACAGUCCUGUUAUCCAGUAACUACCAAACAUGAAUGUAGUGACAAGCUGGCUCAGUGCCGCCAAGCCAGGAGAACUAGGUCAGAGGUCUCACUCUUGUGGAAGAAUAACCUUCCAAUCAUGGUGGAAGUGAUGUUACUCCCAGAUUGCUGCUACAGUGAUGAUGGGCCCACCACAGAUGGAAUCGAUCUCAAUGAUCCUGCAAUUAAGCAAGAUGCGUUGUUAUUAGAAAGAUGGAUAUUGGAGCCAGUUCCUCGACAGAGUGGUGAUCGAUUUAUUGAAGAGAAGACUCUUCUAUUGGCUGUCCGCUCAUUUGUGUUUUUUUCUCAAUUAAGUGCUUGGCUGAGUGUUUCUCAUGGUGCUAUUCCACGAAAUAUUCUUUACAGAAUCAGUGCUGCUGAUGUAGACCUACAGUGGAAUUUUUCACAGGCCCCAGUUGAACAUGUGUUUCCUGUUCCUAAUGUUUCUCACAAUGUGGCCUUGAAAGUCAGCGUUCAUUCCUUGCCCAGACAAUCUAAUUAUCCAGUUUUGACCUGUAGUAUUCACACGAAUAUUGGCCUUUAUGAGAAAAGAAUUCAAGACCAUGAACUUAAAGUCCAUCAGCACCGCAAUUCUAAUGAAGUAGAACAAUGUAGUACGAAUAGUUCACAGCAUCUGUGUAGCAAACAACCUUGGACCAUGGCACCUGAAAGCAUAUUGCAUGCCAAAAAUGGCACAACUUCAGAAUAUACUGCAGCUGUCAGAAAUGUCAAACUGUAUCCAGGCACUGGCAGUAAAUCUGACUAUGGAACAUGUCAAGCCAAUAUUCAGAGCUUCAGUGGUAGAGGAGACAAACGGUCACAUGAAACACCAAUGAGAACUUUAAAAUCAUUUUCAAUGAUUGAUUCCAGGAUUUCUAGCCACCAGAGUUCCUGGCAGUCAGUUGGUGAGACUAAUCCUUUAAUAGGCUCUUUAAUUCAGGAGCGACAAGAAGUUAUUGCAAGAAUUGCUCAGCAUUUGAUUCAUUGUGAUCCAAGCACUUCACCUGUUUCUGGACAUCCAUUUAAUAUGCAAGACUCUAGUUCACUUAAUUCAAAACUUUUCCGAGUUUCAAAAGAAAAUGAAAAUGUGAGAACAUAUAAAGAAACUUUCUCCAUUUCUUUUGGUAGUCCAGACCUCACCUCCUCAGAAGACACCAGUGAGGGGAAAAUUCAAGUAAAACCAGAUACUUCUCGAAGUGAAACUGGCAAUUCCAGUGGUCUUUAUUCUCGUCAGUCUGUUGGUGAGACAAAUCCUUUGAUUGGCUCUUUACUCCAGGAGCGACAAGAUGUUAUUGCAAGGAUUGCUCAACACUUGGAGCAUAUUGACCCAACAGCAUCACAUAUACCCCGGCAGUCAUUCAACAUGCAUGAGUCCAGUUCAGUUGCUUCUAAAGUGUUUAGGAAUACAUAUGAAGGCAAAACUUUGUGGAAGAAAAACAAGGAUGAUACCUCUGUUUCCAUUUCCAAUACAAAAUUUUCCUUGUUAGAAGACAGUUGUGAAGGGGAAAAUUUAAUACCUAAUAAAUCAUUUAGUUCUUUUAAAUGCAAUGGUAAAGUCAAAUCCUCUUUGAAACCUCAAAUAAGAAGAAAUCUGUAUCAGGACAAUCCUAGUGAAACCAUCCAAAACGUUUUUCAAGAGACACAGAACAAAGCCACUAAUUUAUUGACUCCCUCAAAAAUGCCUCACUGCAAAAAAAAUAAUUUAGAUUUGACAGUCAGAUUGGAAAAUACACUUUUUGAGUGUCAAUUUAAGGAGCAAGAAGUUAGCAAUGAAAUUGAUAAAAAGUAUUCAAAUUGCAACAGUAUCGACCAACAGAUUUACACAGAUAAGUAUAAGGAAAAAAGAAUAAAAAAUGAAAAUUGUAAUCCAGAAUAUUUUAACAAUCAUGAAUUUGAUAAUUCCCCAAAAAAUGACUCAAAAAUAAAAGCUAUGUUGGAAAUGUCUGAAUAUUUGAACAAAAAUGAAAGCACAUGCUCAAAUAAAGACUUAAAAAAGCCCAAGACAAGUGAGCAAAAUACUCAACUUAAUAGUAUAGAAAAUUAUCUCAAUAAAGAUAAAGAAGUUUGCAAAUGCAAAAAGCCAGACCUAUUAAAAAAUGAACAGGAUAAGAAAGAAGACAUAAUUGAUGAAAAAUCUCAAAACUGUUCUCAGAGAAAGAAAGUAAAAGACUCUUUGUCUACAUGUGAGCAACUGAAAAAUACAGAGGUGUUGCAGAAGACUAUACCACUGAAACAUUCAAGUGUCUGGCAGAAACAUAAUUUUCAUUCCUUAGAUGGGACUUCAACCAGAGCUUUUCAUCCUCGAACUGGAUUGCCUCUUCUUUCAAGCCCUGUUCCUCAAAGAAAGACACAAUCAGGUUGCUUUGAUUUGGAUUCUUCAUUACUGCAUCUGAAAAGCUUAUCAUCUAGAAGUUCUCGGCCGUGUUUAAACACUGAAGAUGAUCCAGAUAUUCAUGAAAAACCAUUUCUGAGUUCUAGUGCUCCACCUAUAACAAGUCUUAGUCUCUUAGGAAAUUUUGAGGAGUCUGUCUUGAACUAUCGUUUAGAUCCUCUUGGUAUUGUUGAUGGUUUUACUGCCGAGGUAGGGGCAAGUGGUAUUUUCUGCCCCACACAUUUGACCCUUCCAGUUGAAGUAUCAUUCUACAGUGUUUCAGAUGAUAAUGCUCCCUCUCCUUAUAUGGGUGUGAUUACUUUAGAGUCCCUUGGUAAAAGGGGUUAUCGAGUACCUCCUUCAGGAACAAUACAAGUGACCUUAUUUAAUCCUAAUAAGACGGUGGUGAAGAUGUUUGUUGUGAUAUAUGACUUACGAGAUAUGCCAGCUAAUCAUCAGACAUUCCUACGACAAAGAACUUUUUCUGUACCUGUUAAACAAGAAAUGAAGAGAAGUGUUAAUAAAGAAAACAUCCGACAUACGGAAGAACGGUUAUUGCGCUACCUCAUACAUCUGAGGUUCCAGAGUUCUAAAUCUGGAAAGAUCUACCUCCAUAGAGAUGUACGGCUCCUGUUCUCUAGAAAGUCAAUGGAAGUUGAUAGCGGUGCUGCGUAUGAACUCAAAUCUUACACUGAAUCGCCAACAAACCCUCAGUUUUCACCAAGAUGUUGAUAAGGAGUGACAAUUUGAAGUAUUUGCUCAGUGCCCAAGUUUGAAAGUAAAAAUUAGCAUAGAACAGAGUGCACCAAUUAACAACCAGGAGGGUGGAUCCUCUCCUGUUAUCCUGGACCAGUUUUUAUUAAAGGAUUCCUGGAAUGAGAUCCACAUAUUCCAAGUAGACUGGAAACACUCAUGUCCUAAUUCGUUUUGUACUGUUGAAACCACUUCAUUGGACGUGUUGCAAUAGCAAGCCCCCCGCCCCGGCAGUUAGAUUAGUGUUUACACAUUUUAUUUCUCAGUUAUUUAAUAUUUAAUGUUUUCCUUAAUACUCAAGUGAUGUUUGUCUCUAGUGUUCUAAUGUAGCACAAAUCCUACGUAAAAUCAUACUAUGUAUUUUUGACAUUAAUGUUGAAAUCCAAAAUAUAUGCACAAAUCUUUAA